ACGCAUCUCCCCAGCAGCAGCUGAGGCCGUUUGGUGAAGAUGGCGGACUCGCUGUCGACAGGUCUGGGAGAGGAGAAGGAGCGGGAGAGAGAGGGCACGCAGAGGGACACAGGAGCUGCCAAACCCGAGAAGAUCAAAAAGAACGACGGGGUCACGGAGACUUUGGGAUUCAGCGAUAAAAACGGUGGCAGCAUGAGCAAGAAACGCAACCUGGCAGACCUUUCUCUGGUUAGAUUUAUAACUACUGAGCUAACCAGAGGCUACUUCCUGGAACACAAUGAGGCUAAAUACACAGAGCGCAGAGAGCGGGUCUACACCUGUCUUCGCAUCCCCAAGGAGCUGGAGAAGUUGAUGAUAUUUGGCUUCUUCCUGUGUCUGGAUGCUUUUCUUUACGUGUUCACGCUGUUGCCCCUCAGAGUGAUUCUAGCCCUUUUACGGCUCAUCACGCUGCCAUGCUGUGGCCUCAGUGGUUCACGCCUGCUCCAGCCAGCACAGGUGUGUGAUGUGCUAAAAGGCUUCAUCAUGGUGUUGUGUUACUCAAUGAUGAGUUACGUGGAUUACGCCAUGAUGUAUCACCUCAUCAGGGGACAGUCUGUCAUCAAACUGUACAUCAUAUACAACAUGUUAGAGGUGGCAGAUCGCCUCUUCUCCUCAUUUGGUCAGGACAUCCUGGACGCUCUGUACUGGACAGCCACUGAGCCCAAGGAGAAGAAGAGAGCUCACAUAGGGGUGAUUCCUCACUUCCUCAUGGCCGUGCUCUACGUCUUUCUUCAUGCCCUCCUCAUCAUGGUUCAGGCCACGACUCUCAAUGUCGCCUUCAACUCCCACAACAAAUCUCUGCUCACCAUCAUGAUGUCAAACAACUUUGUGGAGAUUAAAGGAAGCGUGUUUAAGAAGUUUGAAAAGAACAACCUUUUCCAGAUGUCUAACAGUGACAUAAAAGAGAGGUUCACCAACUACAUCCUCCUGCUCAUCGUCUGUCUGAGAAACAUGGAGCAGUUUUCAUGGAACCCUGACCACCUGUGGGUACUGUUUCCGGAUGUAGUCAUGGUGAUAGCAUCAGAAGUUGCCGUGGAUGUUGUCAAGCAUGCAUUCAUCACAAAAUUCAAUGACAUCAGUGCGGAUGUGUACGGAGAAUACCGAGCCAGCCUUGCCUUUGAUCUUGUCAGCAGUCGACAGAAAAAUGCUUACACAGACUACAGUGACUCAGUGUCCAGGAGAAUGGGCUUCAUCCCUCUGCCUUUAGCUCUGCUGUUGAUAAGAGUAGUGAUGAGCUCAGUGAAAAUCCAGGGCUCACUCUCCUUUAUGUGCGUCCUACUCUUUUACUUUGGGAUGAUUACUCUAAAAGUGCUCAACAGUAUCGUUCUGCUGGGAACUUCUUGUGUGUUCGUCAAAGAAGCCAACAUGGAGGAAAAGCUCUUCGACCCACCUCCCUCUGCAGCCUCCAGCCGUGUGAACUCCAGAGCCCACAGGACCAAACAUGUUCACACUGCACCGCAGCAAGAAGCCACAGCAGACAAAGGAGGACCAUCACUGACGUCAGACAAUUCUCAGCUCCCCACCAUCCCAGAGACGCCUGCCCCCACAGUUCCCAAGAGCGACUCUGACACAUUCCUGACAACACCAGACGAAGAGGAGGACGACAAAAUCAUCAACACUGACACGGGACUGGAAGGAGAUGGACUCAAAAACAGAACACCCAAAAAAGACUUGCUCGAGAUUGACCGCUUCACCAUCUGUGGCAACAGAAUAGACUGAGUGCCAAAGGAACGACCAGUCAGAGUCCUAAACACAGCAAGAGUUCAGGGAUCAGACACGGGUCAUGGAGCAUGUUCAUGCCGGACUCAUUCUUGUGCACCUGACCCCAAAAUAUUUAUUUAUUUAUUACUGACAAAACCAGCCAAGGCAUCAAGCUGUUACUGCAGUCCUCAGAGGGUCAUUCUGAUGUGUCCAGCUGGUCAAGUCACUUUCAGGUCUCUGAGGCUGCGCUGCGGUCGUCACGGCAAUCUGCAGAAAUGCAUAUCGAUGACUGCAAAGUGUCAGACUGGUGUACGCAGCUGGAGCGGAGAACAAAAGCGAGGAGCUCGUCUGCAUAUGUGAAAUUGUGUGAGUUCAAAGGGAGGUGACAGCUGGACUGUGCUAGUGUGUGUCCAGAAGCACAAUCAUGUCCGUCACUGAGGAGAUGUUUUUAGACAACAACAAAAAAAAAAGGUCAGUUUUUAAAUUUUUUUUAAUUUGAAAACGUUUCAAAAAUAAUAUUUCAAAUGGGAUUUUUAUGAAAAAUAUCACACCACCUUUGUAAAAUUGAACAUGAACCAGAACGCACUGAAAUCCCUCAGUCGUUCUGCUCAUAUACAUACACACACAUGAUUUUAAAUUGAGUUAUUGUGUGGUAGUCAUGGGAGCAACGUAUAUUGUCUCAGAUUACAUCUUCAGGUCGUAUGAUUUGGACUUAACUUAGACCUUUGGAGCAUCAUGUUAUUUAUGUGGCUAUUGUUACUUUAAAGCACUGCACUGUGCCAAUCUGUGAAGGCGCCAGUGUUACCUUUAACUGAUGCCCAAGCCUCAGACGGGUUUAACAGAUAUUUCUUCGUUUUUUUUAAAGCCAUUCACACAUUGCAGCUUCAGAUUAUUAUAUCAACAACAUGGACAUAUCGCAAGUUUUAUGUCGCAAAUUGUGAACUGAAGAAAUGACUUGUUGAAGAAUCAUGAUGUGUGGCACCAGCAUUGGUUGAACAUGUUUUUCAUUUUACCAUUAUAUUCAGGCUGACAUGACAAGAAGUAAAGAUUACAUGUGUGCAGGUAAAAUAGUCUGAACGACUAUACGACGAUAUUUAGGCUCGCAAGGCCUUUUAAAUUCAGCCAUCUUUUUGCCUCUCAUGUAUUAUCAUUACUCUAAGUGAAAAUCCCAGACGUUCCAAGACUCCAAGAAAAAGAUAAGCCAGUUUUCAAAGUUGCAGCUCUGAUUUCUUAACCCAGAACAUUUUAGCCAAAAAUUAAACUUACAUACUGGUCUGUAUAUCAAGUUUAUUUAUUAUAUAUUUUUAUAUAACCUUUUUUCUUUUUGUCGUGUUAAAAGGUAAGAGUUUCUGGAAGAAAUUACAGUUGCAACUUGGGGAAAUUAAUCGUCAGUUUCAUGGAAAAGCCGUAUGAAAUCAGAACAUCUUGGCCGCGGAAGCAAACGAACACAAGUGAUUGAUAGUGUGCAGACUUUAUUUUUCAUGCAAUAGAUUGUUUUUCUUUAAAUGGUCUGAAGAAUUCUUAAGGAUUUAAAGUGAUUUGUUGAUUUAUAUCGUGUUCAUAAAAUGAACUGUACUGGUUGAACGUGAUGGGCUCAGAAAGAAAGGAGGUCAGUCCAACCUCACUAUGGUUAGACCAUAAACAGGUUGGACUUACCUCAGCAAUGUUAUUCAGUAAAAUAAAUGCAUACUAGCAAAUGGGGGAUCAAUUACGUGAGUGUGUAUGUGUGUGAGAGAAAGUCCAUGAAUGGUUUGAGUCAGAUUUCUUUUUUCCAUGUACAACUGUCUGUGUAAUGCAUCUCCUUAUGUGAUAGGAGAAUAAAUCAAGAUUUUUUUUUUUGUA